UGCACAGAACCUAUCGAAACAAUACUAGUCAACUACACAAGAGGAGUUACUCGGCGCUUAAGGCUAAACACCUCUUCGUCCUCGAGUCCCAACCCUAAUAUCCACCGACCACACCGCACCAAAAUGGCGUCGCCCACUCCUCCUCCCCACGGCGUCAGCGAGGGCUUCGGAGGAGCGCAGGGGCCGCGGCGGAGGCCGCUAGGGCUCGUGGCGAACGCGAUGAAGCGCAAGCACGGGUUCGUGCAGCUGUUCCUGAUGACGGGGAUCCUGAUGAUGAGCCUCCGAUCCCUAGGGCAAAAGCACCGCAUCCACGACCUCUCCGGCGACACCGCCGAGCUCCGGGUCGAGCGCGACGCCCUGGCCCGCCGCAUGGCCAACCUCAAGGACGCCCUCCGCCGCGAGGCCGACCUCGACCCCUCCGGCGCCCUCGCCUCCCACAUCCGCACCCUCUUCCACGAAUCCGAAUAGAAAGAUUUCGUUUUUUUUUUUCUCCUAGAGUUUUUGGGUCGCUCCUCGUGUGCGAAUUGUCGAAGGGAACUGUAUUUUCGUAGAAGGUUUUGGAACUGAUCGUGCGUGUUUGGUUGGUGCUUUAUGCAUUCGGUUUGCCACAGUGCGGCACUUGCACGCAAUGUGUUUGUCAAAAUGUCCCAAAGAAUAACAAGCUGUGUUUUCCUAGCUCCAAAUAAGCAUCUCUUUAGACACACAGCGUCCGUAGGUCUUAAGAGUUGUUUCUUUCGUUUCUUUUUUUUUUGGACAGAGCUGCAUAAAUUAUACCAUAAUAAACGGAUUAAUACGAUCUA